AUGUACACACCAAUCAUUGCCCUUGGUCUCUUUGCCCUGAGCCCUCUUGUGGUGGCCCAUGGAAAAAUUGCAGUUGUAACUGGAAAUCUCGGUGGAAACGGUACUGCCCUUGGAAUCAAAGGAGCUGUUGUUGCAGAUACUGGGUCAAACUCUAAAACAGAGCUCGACACUACGGUAUUCGACAUUGGUAGUAAUAAUUGUGGACAAACAGAGGCUGCAGGAAGAAACAAAGCAGAGUCCGGUGUGACUAAGUCAAUGGCUCUUUCGGGCAACACACUUCCACAGAUAAGUACCGAUAAUGCAUCUAUCUCGGGUACUUUCCACAUUGUGACUUCCGACGGUGCAGGUCCUCUUACAGCAAUGGUUGACACUACCGGAAAAGGCGAUUUUUCGGAUGCAGUCAAAGCCGUGGUCACUACUCAAAUACCAGGAAAGAGGGGGAACAUAAAGAAGGCUAAACAAACAAGAUGGGAGCGGGUUAUGAGAAGCAUUGGUUUGAUGAAAAGAGCCUCCAACAUCAACGAAGACUAUCCAUUCAGUGUAGAUAUUCCGGCUGGCAUAACUUGUACCGGUACUGUGGCAGGACAAUCCAAUGUCUGUAUGGUCAAGGUUGUGAACCCAUCGAAUGCGGGACCUUUCGGUGGAUGCGUUGCUGUUCAGCAAUCUACGGGUACGAAUGCAACAGCUUCUGCCAGGAGAAAUCUUAAGCCCAUGAAAUUUUCCGUUUGA